CGUUAUUUGUUUGCGUUGAUCACGUAGGAUCGGAAAACGAAUCGGAUUUUUUUGUUUGUUUAUUUAUUAAUUUUCUAAAUAAUAUACACUGUGUAUUUGCUUUUUAUCGCUUUUUUUGGGGAGGAGUGUGGCCACUCUUGAGACUUCGCCAACUUCUAUAAUUCAUUUUACGUUACUACUAGUGUUAGUUCAUCUGAUGAUCCUCACAUCAUUGUCUCUCUCUUUCUCUUUUUCAUCUCUACGCAAAAAAUGGAAACUCAGUUUGAACAAAUUUGAUUUUUUUCCAGGUUCAAAACAAGAUUCAGACAGUUUUAGUAGUGUUUUGUCUCCAAUUCUCUCAUAGUUCCUUCAUCCGCCUCUAAUGUAAUUUACAUCUCAUUGCAUUAUUGAUCCCACAGCGAUUACGGAGACUGUGUGACUAUGGCUUCUUCUAAGAUUAACAGGACUGGUUUAUCUGAAACUCCUUUGGGAAAAUCAUCUCUACGAGUAGGUAAACUGACUCGGUUGGUGACUAAGUCUGAGACUAACUCUCCUUCACCUACUCAACAGUCACGGCAUUCCCUCGAGCGCUCUUCUUCUAACUCAAAGCCUUCUUCUACUGAAAAGAGGUCGCCCAAAGUUUCAACCCCACCAGAAAAAACUCAGAUACGGGCUGUGAAAGGAUCAGAAUCAUCACAACCUCGUUCAGUUCAAAUCAAGGAAGAUUUGAGAAAAGCAAAUGAGCUGAUAGCAUCGCUCGAGAUUGAAAAAGCUAAAGCACUUGAUGAACUUAAAGAAGCGGGGGAAGAGGCUGAAGAGGCGUCCAGGAAACUAGAUGAGGCUUUAAAAACUCAGAAAAGGGUCCAAGAGAAGUUUGAAAUUGAGAAAUUUGAGGCUGUUGAGGCGGGUAUAGAGGCGGUUCAGAGGAAAGAAGAAGAAUGGAAGAAAGAACUCGAAAACGUCAAGAGCCAGCAUGCUUCGGAUUCAGCUGCUCUUCUUUUGGUAACACAGGAGCUGGAGAAUGCCAAUCAAGAAUUGGCUGCUGCUAAUGAUGCCAAGAGUAAGGUUUUGAGUCAAGCAGAUGAUGCUAGUAAGUUGGCUGCAAUUCAUGCAGAGAAAGUGGAAAUCUUGUCGUCAGAGUUAAUAAGAUUGAAGGCUUUGCUUGAUUCAACACGAGAGAAGGAAACCAUAUCCAAGAAUGAGAUUGCUUCAAAACUAGGAGCGGAAAUAGUGGUUCUAGAAAGAGAGCUUGAGAAAGCGAGACGUUUUGAAGCAAGGGUCGAGGAACUUGAGAUGAUCAUUGAGCAGCUUAAUGUUGAUUUAGAAGCUGCUAAGAUAGCAGAAACUUAUGCGCAUGGCUCUGCUGAUGAAUGGCAAAACAAAGGGAAGGAAUUGGAGAAACGGUUGAAAGAAGCUUACAUGCUGGAGAGAUCUGCCUCGGUAUCUCUGGUAUCUGUGACAAAGCGGCUGGAAGGAAGCAAUAGUAGAUUGCACGAUAUGGAAUUUGAGAUUUUUGGUCUUAAAAGGAAAAUUGAGUUAUUGGAGAUGGCUGUUGCUAGACAAAAGGUUGAUCUUGAGAAAUCUGAACAGAGGCUAGGUAUUGCAGAAGAAGAAUUAUCUAAGAUUGAGAAAGAAGCAGAGAAACUGAAGAAUGAGCUUGAAACUCUGAAUGAAGAGAAAAAUCAAGCUUUAAAGAAGGAGCAAGAUGCUACUUCAAGUGUUCAAAGGCUCUUGGAAGAGAAAAACAAGAUCUUGUCAGAACUGGAGAGCUCAAAGGAGGAAGAGGAGAAGAGUAAGAAAGCAAUGGAGAGUUUAGCUUCAGCAUUGCACGAAGUGUCGAGUGAAUCACGUGAGUUGAAAGAGAAAUUGUUGAGUCAGGGUGAUCAGGAUUAUGAAACACAGAUAGAAGAUCUGAAGUUGGUCAUUAAAGCAACGAACAAGAAGUAUGAGAAUAUGCUUGACGAGGCGAGACAUGAGAUCGAUGUUCUUGUCAAUGCGGUAGAACAAACCAAGAAACAGUUUGAGAGCGCAAUGGUAGACUGGGAGAUGAGAGAAGCCGGUUUGGUGAAUCACGUGAAGGAAUUUGAUGAAGAAGUUUCGUCAAUGGGGAAAGAAAUGAAUAGGUUGGGUAAUUUGGUUAAAAGGACUAAGGAAGAAGCUGAUGCAGCAUGGGAAAAAGAAUCUCAAAUGAGAGAUAGUCUUAAAGAAGUGGAAGAUGAGGUGAUUUAUCUUCAGGAAACUCUCAGGGAAGCGAAAGGUGAAACCUUGAAACUAAAGGGGAAAAUGUUGGAUAAAGAAACUGAGUUUCAAAGCAUUGUUCAUGAGAACGAUGAACUCAGAGUGAAACAUGAUGAUUCUCUGAAGAAGAUCAAGGAGUUAUCUAAGUUACUCGAGGAAGCAUUGGCUAAGAAAUAUACAGAAGAGAACAGUGAGCUCAGUGAGAGUGAAAAAGACUAUGAUUUGCUUCCAACGGUGGUUGAGUUUUCUGAGGAGAAUGGUCAUAGAAGUGCUGAAGAGAAGUCUUCUAAAGUAAAAACCCUCGAUGGCAUGAACAUGAAACUUGAGAAGGACGCUGAGAAAAAGGAAAAGAAAGAACAUUCACCAGAUGAUGCGACAGUUGAAGAAAUGUGGGAAAGCUGUCAGAUUGAGAAGAAAGAAGGAUUCCACAAGGAAAAACCAGAACAAGAAUCUGCAAAAUAUGAAGAGGAAGACUCGAACAUGAUAGACCAAAGCGAGAAAACCUCACCUGUAAAUGGAUUAACUGGAGAAGAUGAGCUGGUGAAGGAGAAAGACAAGAAAAAGAAGAAGACAUUGUUUGGUAAAGUUGGAAACCUUCUGAAGAAGAAAGGACCCACGAACCAGAAAUAAAAGCCUCUCUUGAUUACUUCACUUUUGAGGUAUUGCAAAUUCUAGCUUUUACAUCUCUAAACACACAUCUCUUUGCACCAUUUUGAUUUCUUCAUUAGUGUUCUUAUUUUUUAUUUUUUAUUUAGUUUAUGGCUUCUGCCUUCUGGAAUAGGAUUUGUUUUAAGUUGUUGGUUUAUGAUUCUUUUCUUCUUUCGAUUUUUUUGGCUUUCACUGUUAUUAUUUGUUCUUUUGUCAAACAAACCCAGAAACAAAAUCUCUAUUAUAAAUAUCCAGGGAUUAAUUCCUUUUUUGCAACC